GGCUUCCAUCAUAUUCUGGUAAGGGAAGAAAAUCGACCGAAAACGGCCUUUGUGUUGUUUGAAGGCACGUGGCAGUGAGUUCGGUGUCCGAUGGGGAUUUCCAAUGCGCCUGCCACGUUUCAGCGAGCGAUGAACAUGACGUUCCAGAAUUUCAUCAACAAGACACGGCUGACGCAAGGGAUGAUCAACUUCUGUGUGAUCGUGUACAUGGACGACAUCCUGGUCUAUUCGGAGCCCUAUCACGGGCACGCGCAACACAUCGAAUGGACAUUGGGCGCACUGAGAGAUGCUGGGUUCAAGAUUGCGCUCGAGAAAAGCGAAUUUUUCCUCUCAGAAAUUUCGUUCUUGGGCUACGUCGUGACACGUGGAGGAUUGCGGUCGGACUCGAGAAAAGUUGCGGCGGUGAAGGAAGCCCUGGUUCCCACGUCACUGACGCAGGUUCGAGCCUUCUUAGGACUGGCGUCGUACUACCGGCGCUUCAUCAAGGGCUUUGCCGCGAUUGCACGACCGCUAACGAACCUGUUACGGAAGGACCAACCUCUCAGUUGGGACUCGGAGUGCCAGCAGGCCUUUGCAACCCUCAAAGACGCUCUGGCAACAGCCCGUAUUUUUAUUCGGCCGGACCCCUCGAAGCAGUUCAUUCUCAUCAUGGACUGGCAACCGGAAGCUAUUUCCGCUAUUCUAGCACAGAAGGGGAACGAUGGUCGCGAACACGUCAUCGAGUACGCGUCUCGAACUGUACCGGACGAACGAAGAAACGACUCCGCACCUCAAGGCAAGUGCUAUGCGGUAGUUUGGGGAAUCCAGCACUUCCAUCCGUAUCUCUACGGACAGAAGUUUCGCCUCGUAACGGAUCACGAGCCUCUGCUGGCGCUGAAGAAGCUCACCAACUACACGGGCAUGAUUGGCCGUUGGGCGGUGCGACUACAAGAAUACGACUUCGAUAUCGUUCAUCGAAAGACAGAGCGGCACGGCAACGCGGACGGGCUGACACGUCUGCACCGACCUGUCACGGUACCAAAGGGCGAGGAAAUUACACCGUGGAAGGAGCCAGACCUGACCAAUGAGCCUAAGUACGGACAAGUGGCAGUCCUCCCACGUGGCAAGAAGCAAAACGGUGGCGAUGGGUGACGGAGGUAACCCCACUACCCCUCUUUCUCCCCCUUCCUCCUCGUCUCUCCUCUCCCUGCCUGACAAAUUUUGCUAUUUUUGCGAAGCCAUCUCCCGCG